AUGAACGUGGAUAGCACGGCGAGCAGCGCCAGCUCGGCAGUAGGACCUUCGUCGCGAGCACAGAGGGGUGCUAUUGCAUCGCAAGCGUGUGAGACUUGUCGGUCGAGGAAACAAAAAUGCGAUGAGAACCGCCCGAAGUGCGGUCUAUGCAAGCGUAUUAAUCUAGACUGUGUGUAUAGAGAGCCACAGCCGACUAAGAAGGACAAGACUCUUGUCGAAAUACUGGACAAACUGAAGACUCUUGAAGGUAAAAUCGACCGACUUCCCACUGGUCAAUCUCAUUCGAGUCCUGCGGGGUUUGGACCUCCGCGGGCAGCGCCUUCCAGCCAACCCUCUUUCAAUUCCGAGACAGAACCGACUUCAUACUCGACACCAUCCGCGCGACAAUCUCAGCAAGCUAGCCCUGGCUCAGGAAGAAGUCAGCCAUAUAGACAUGCUUCUGCAGCUCACAAAAUUUUAAACUGGCCUGCAUUUCAGCAGCUUUUGCUACAAGUCCUACCCUCGAGUGGGGAUAUGAAAGUCGUUGAUAACGAUGGCAAGAACUUUAUUGUGAGCAUGUGUAACAUCCAGGUUCCACUACCUCUGGAUGAACAACUACAGGAACGCCCUUUUGUCGGGAUGCAGACUCAGGCUACUAGAAAGGAAGUGGUAUCUGUAAUGUCCUUCGAGACCCUAGACGGUCGAAGGCCUCACUGGAAUCUACAAAAGUGCAACUCAUUCGCUCUUCACCUCAUUCAUGAUGGAGCGAAGAACUUCGGGGAGAAACUGACAAACCCACUGAGGGAUUCGACUUGGUUUGGGCAGAUGGGCAUUGCAGAUAUCACUAGCAAGACCUUACUCUGCCAUUCCUUGGAAAACGCCCAAGUUCAAACUUCAGGGGGUCCACGAAUAACAUUUCCCGCUCUGACUCGCGAUACUAUGCAUCGGCUCACCGCAGCGUAUUUCGAUACUUUCAAUUUUCUAUAUCCAUUCAUGGAUCGGAGGACUUUCGAAAGUGACACCCUAGCAAAAGUCUGCUCCGAGGGCUUUAAUGGGGACGUGGACUCUGUGAUUGCAUUGAUGGUAUUCUGUUUGGGCGAAGUUGCUAUCGAGAGUCUCACAGGUAAUCCUAUUGCUGAGGUGAAUGGACUUAAGUCCGGGAUACGGGGAGGUACAAGCAAUCGACCUCCUGGACUGGCCCUUUUCAACGAAGCCAGGAAAUGCCUCGGCUUCGUUCUUUGCGGACAUCAGCUUGAGAAUGUUCAGAUAUUCUGUCUGACCGCGCUUUAUUAUCAAUCAUGCGCUCGACACGCUGACUUUUGGAGGAUGACCGCAAUGUCAGCUCAGGCCUGCCAUAUCUUGGUAUCAUGCAAUGUUAUCGACUGGAAUACUCCUAAGGGCGACUUAACUAGACGUGCUGUCUGGCACUGCAUUAUAAUGGAGACUGCUUUGCACAUGGAGCUCGACCUACCACUGACCGGAAUCCUGGACCUUGGUGAUCGAGUAGGGAUUCCAAGCUUCAACACUCCAUUUUGUGAAGCUGACCACAUCGGCAACCAGGCAACGAAUUUUGAGGCUCACUAUGCUUCAUCUCUUGCUCUGCGACGAUUAUGUUCAAGCUUGAAUGCAAGCAUUCACGACUCGUUAUCGAACAGUGAUACACCUAGCGCAGACGAAUAUGAUGGCCCAUCAGCAGCUACCUUAAAACAACUUUCAGGACAGCUUACUCAGUGGCGAGGAAUGCUUCCCCCCAACCUCCAGUGGGCUGAGGACGAUCCCGCGGCCUUUCCUUCGCCUCAAACAGGAACCGACCUAAGAUUCAGUCAGUCCGUCGACCCGAACCUGUCUGCCGUACGAGGCUUUCAGAAAUCGCAGUUAUUUUCGGCAGACCUGAGCAGUGAACCCACGCAGUAUCGCUUCGUUUACGAUGUACAGGUCGCCAUACUGCGUACGCGAUACUACUAUGCGAAAUACAUGGUAUUUCGGCCGUUUGUGUACAAAGCUCUCCAUUUCCCAGAGCAUAUGACUCAGGAAGAUGCGGAAGGAGUUGCCGAAUGUCUUCGCUCUUGUCUGAAAUGGCCCAUAGCAAUGUCCCCGACCUCACGGCAUAAAAGGCUCAUCCCAUACCUCUUCUGCUGGUCCCAGACAUUCCUCUCUAUUCUUCUCAUCUUCUACCUCACGCAACACAACCCCAUGCUUCGAGACAUACGCACACAGCUGUGCGGCCCGCGAUUCGAAGCGGAAUUCGAUAUCAGCGUCGCGAUCAUGCAAGAUUGGAUUCGCGAUCUCAAAGCUGUCGAUCCUCUCGCGCUAUGGUGCUACAAGAUACUACAACCUAUUUAUAACUUGGAGGCGUGA